AUGAUUGUUAAAAGUUGUCAAAAGAAAAAAAAAAUAAGCAAUAAAGGGCUAAAAGUCCUUUGUGAUUGUUUAAAAUGCCAAAGAACUCCUUUAAGUCGAAAUUUAGUUUCUAUUUCAACAUGUAUACAUCAUCAUAAGAAGUAUCCUCAAGGCGAAAAAACUCAAUUGAGUAGUGAUGAACAAGGAAUGAGUAUUGUUGAACAAGAAUUAAGCGAUAAUGAACAAGAAUUAAGUGAUAAUGAACAAAUCUUUAAUGAUCAAAUGCUGAGCAAUACCGAAAUUAUAGACCUAGAAUCACUUACUAAUUGUGAAUUAUACUCUUGGGAAGCUAGUGAAAAUACAUCUGAUAAUGAACUACUAACAGAUUCAAAUUCGGUAUCAAAUAGCAAGUCAAAUGAAGAUUAUCAUACAACUAUUCAACUACCUCCUGGAUUUUCAGAAGCUUAUAGACUUCUGGAAAUAAAAGUCCAUUCUAAUAUGACGAAUGAAACAUUUCGUAAAAUAAUGGAUGCUUUUAGUGAACAAAAUAUAUCAUUAUAUCGUGCCACUAAAAAAUUAUCAAGUCUAGUAUCAAUUGAUCCAAUAUGGGUUGAUUGUUGUGUGAAAAGUUGUUGCGCCUUUACCAGUAAUUUGAAAGAUUUACAAGAAUGUCCAGUUUGUAGGGAGGAGAGAUGGAAUCAAAUGCAAAAUGGAUCUAAAAAUGAAGAUUUUAUUCUACAUUGCUCUGUCGUAUCUUGGUUAGAAGAAACGCCAGCCCUUGCAAAAUUGAUGUGUACCACUGGACACAAUUCUUACCAAGGUUGUAGGUAUUGUAACAUAUGUGGAAUAUGGGAAAAUCAUGUUUAUUUUCCUACAAGGCCUCUUAAAAACAAACAAGGAGUGGUCUAUGAUCCAAGUAACCUUCCAAAAAGAACACAUCAAGAUUACUUAAAUAAAAUACGAGAAUAG